AUGACUCCAAAUCUUUCAUCAAUUCAUAAAAUAGAAAACAAGCGUGAUGCAGAUUAUGAUAGCUCGAUGAAUUGUAUGUCUCUAAAUAAUAAUGAUUUAGAAUUAGAAAAAAGCAACGAUGAAUUAAAAGGAGAUGAUUUGGAUAUAGAAGUGGGGGGUGAUCUUAUAAAAAAUAAUAUUUAUCAUACAAUGAUUAUUAAUAAUAAGAAAAUUGAUAUUCAUCAAUAUGAUACAUUCCCUAAAGCUCAUUUAAAUAGUGUAUAUAAGUUAUUGAGCAGUGAAUUAUCAGAACCAUAUAAUAUAUUUUUACUUAAAACAAUAUUAAAGAAUUAUAGCAAAAUUGCAUUAAUGUCUCUAUGCAAUGGAGAAUGUGUAGGUGUAGUCAUAUCCAAAGUUACAACGAAGUGUAAAAAUAACGAAUCGUCUAUUUUUGGAUAUAUAUGUAUGAUAGCUGUGGAUAAAUCUGUCAGGAAAUGUGGUUUAGGUUCAUAUUUAUUAAAUGAAAGUAUAAAACUAAUGCAAAACAUAUAUGGAAUAAGCGAGGUUCAACUUGAGGCAGAAGCUACGAACAUUCCUACAUUACGAUUUUAUGAACGAAAUGAGUUUAUUAAGGUAAAAAGGAAACCUAAUUAUUACUUAAGUGGUUCUGAUGCAUUCAAAUUAAAAAAAAUAUUAUAA